GUCCGCGCCCCUUUGUGUUGUGUACGACCCAUUGGCCGGCUGUCUGUGAAUGGCGAUGGUUGGUUGGUUGGUUGGUUGCAUGUGUGUGUAAGUAGGGCGCCUCUUCUUGACGACAGUGUACACACUGUGCUGUGGAUGGCUAUACUUCCAUAUAUCAGUAGAGAUGUCUCUCGCCCCUCCCCUCCAUGGAUCGGAUCGUGUCUCAAAACCUCGCAACGCCACACAUGCAGUGCACACUACACUCAUGCAGAAAAAACUAUACACCAGCACGAGAGGUAGAUAAUGAUGUGACAGAUAGAUGUAUGUUUGUACCGCUCACGCAAAACGCACCACUCAGCCAUCUACCAUCUUGGUGUUGCUAGGGCUACUGCCUGGCCUGCCUGCCCUGUCUUCGGCGUCUUCCCGUCGCCCGCAACCUCUACACGCGAGUUGCCAUCAAGAAUCAACCGACGGCAAAGGGCAAGGGCCUUUACAAUGCGAUGCGAUCGUCCGUCACUCCCAUUUCUUCAUCUGCAGAACUGCGAUCAGAAGAAGUUUUGGGAGCCUGGUAGGGUAAGGUUCGGGUUGGUGCCGGCUUUCUUGACAGACCACACGGUGACGUCAAACUCCACAGGUGUGUUAGGAGGCACCAUCCCACGACUGACCAAACACAGAAAGACACAAACGAGCACAGCACAUCGUGUGCCUUUGGGCUUCUCAGCGUGCGUGGUGCUGUGCUGCCGUGAUGUUUGCUCGUACCCCUUCUCUCCAUAUGCCUCAGCUGACGGCAACACGACUUUCCGCCUCCCGCCGACCUUCAUGCCCUCCUGUGCCAGCACACACAUCAGCAAUCGCACAAUAUACGCCACAUGUGGUAAGGUAAGUGAGUGUCCGUACCAGGGCGUCUUCGAGUGCCUUUGGUAUUUUCCGGUUGAAGUCACCGCCGUACGUGAAGCCAAAGGGCCGUGCUGCAAGGCCACUGGAAUCGCGCGUCGACUCCACCUCAAUGCCUAGACGGACGGACACGCAGCCGCAGCCGGACACAUGCAGUGCACACCGACACGUCGAUGUGUGUUUGUCCGGCGUACCGUUGCAGAAGAGGCUGUAGUGUAUGGCCACAGUGUCGCCCACUUCCAGCUGAUUGCCGUCACCCAACAGCACAUCCUGGUACCGCACCCCAUUGUCAAGCUCGACAGCGGCGCAGUUCUUACACCUCUUGACGCCCGCAGCUGCAUGACAAACAUGAAUGGGACACACAGAGUGAGAGUACGUGUGUGUGCACAUCUAUCGGAUCUAUGUGACGGGACGUACCUGCAGGCAGUGGGAGAGCGAUGCCUGCGGCCAGCAAUGCGCCCAGCGGCCUCAAAAGAAGGCUCCUGCGGUCGACGCUUUCAACAUCUGUCGAUGGCAGCGCGUCACUGGACAGCCUCUGCGCGUUGAGUAGACUUCGUAAGCAUCUUCGCCUGGACGAUGAAGAACAGGGCAGCAAGAAAGAAAAGCAAGAUGACAACAGUGAAAGCAGAGAUGCAAUGAAGAACAGGGGGAACUGCAUUGAUGGUCGCG